UCUCGCCUUUCACUUCUCCCCAGGACCUCUACCCCCUAGGAGUCGACUAUGCCGCGUGGAAGCAGGAGCCGGACCUCCCGGAUGGCCCCCCCGGCCAGUCGGGCACCCCCAAUGAGAGCUGCACCAGCACCAGCACCAGCAGCUCAUCCUCCAGCAGCAGUACCACCAUCUGCGGUUGCCCCUCCUGCUGCUGCACCCAAGCAGCCGGGUUUGAUGGCCCAGAUGGCUACCACGGCAGCAGGAGUUGCAGUGGGCUCAGCUGUGGGCCACACUAUUGGUCAUGCCAUUACUAGUGGCUUCGGUGGUGGGAGCAGUGCUGAGCCUGCAAGGCCUGAUAUCACCUACCAGGAGCCUCAGGCAGCCCAGCCAGCGUACCAGCAACAGCAGCAGCAGUUUGGUCCCUGCCACUAUGAGAUGAAGCAGUUCUUAGAGUGUGCCCAGAACCAGGGUGACCUCAAGCUGUGUGAGGGCUUUAGCGAGGUGCUGAAGCAGUGCAGGUUUGCAAACGGAUUAGCCUAAUUGAGACCUUCAGAAGGAAGAAAUGGAAAAAUCAACU